GACCUGGCUCAGGAGCAAUCCCGAACUACCUACAGCAUCAAGAUCAAGAUGAACUCGCUCAACUCUACAUCAGCUGAUCUCUGUUUACUGCGUUCACGUUGAUUCAGUCUCGCGCAACACAUGAUAUUAUUUCACUCGGCUUCAUAUCCAAGUGGAUGAUGAUUGGUCCACAUUACAUAAAUGGUAAUGAAGAGCUUACACAGGCCUGAGCUGUUAGUGAAGUUAUGUGAAUAAAGCCUGUAAGCAAACUGUGAAAUGGAUGCAUCUUUGGGUUCACCUCAUUCCUUCUACCCUGGACCUCAUUCCUCAGUUGGGGCAAUGGCAGAGUUGGCUACUUUAACUCGACCUGAUCUGGAAGAUCUACUAGCCUGUGAGGACAAGCUGACAGAGUUUGUGGCAUCCUUACCUCAGAUGGCAGCUGCCAGAAAUCAGUGUGAUCAACUGGCAGCUCAGAAUGAAGCCAUUGCCAAGGCCAGCCUGGAGCGCAGCAGUGAGUAUGAACGCAGUCGUGAUGCCACCAUUAGGAAGAUGGAAGAACUAAAUAUCCUGCGAACAAAGUUUGAGGAAAUGACAGUGGCCCAGCAAGUGGCCUCAGAAAAGUUGGCUCCAGGAAAUAUACAGGAGAGUCUGCUGAUCUGUGCUGUUCAGUCUGAGGAGGAGAGUGAGAAGAUUGCUGAGAAUUUCCUGCAGAAACGCAUCGAUGUUGACGCUUUCCUUGGAGAGUAUUUAGAAAAGCGGAUAGAGACACACCUGAGGAGAUUCAAAGGAGAGAGACUAGGGGCUCAGCUGCAGGAGUUACACAAAGCUGGCUUCUGAGGCGAGCAUAAGGAGGGACUCAGAAGUGAUGUGCAGGAUGAGGGGGCACCUAAAAUUUUAUGCAUCAGAAAUUUUGCCUCUGAACUAUAGACACUGCAGCAUGAGAUCUGUGUUGAGUACAAUUACUUAGUUUUCAUCUAGUUUGUUUGAAGUACCAAUGAUGUGGGGAGAGAGAGAGAGAGAGAGAGAGAGAGAGAGAGAGAGAGAGAGAGAGAGAGAGAGAGAGAGAGAGAGAGAGAGAGAGAGAGAGAGAGAGAGAGAGAGAGAGAGAGAGAGAGAGAGAGAGAAUAUGAUGUUGCUGCAGUAAAUCUCUAAGUUUGCAAUAAAUAUUACAUAAACAUAUAUAAAAUAUUGGUAUAAAUGGUGUCUACAUUUCUGUGUAUGAGAUGCAUUUGUGCAGCAUUCAUAACUUGGUGUUUGAAAACAUCAUUAUGAUUUACUUGCUGUUGUAUUUCAUCCAUAGUCUUAAUAUAUAUAAAAAAAUUACUUUUCUUAAAAAUAUAUAAUUAUUUUAAACACUCCUGAAAUGUAAUGGUCCAUAUUAACAUAUCAUUUGUGAUGUUUGUCUUCAUGGCUUCAUUAUAAUGGUAACUUUGUACUUGUACAAUAUAUGUGAUACACGUUUGUUAUUCUUCACUUAAAUUUUUUCGUUAUGUAAUGAUAAAUGAAUAAUAAAUAAGAAGAAAA